GUACCUCUGUGUGCGUUAGAGCGGGACGGGUGCCGGUGUCGGUGGGCGGGCGACGCUGAUGAUGUAUAGAGUACCGGAGUUAGGUUCAAAUUGCGUCGGGAAGUGGCCGAGAUUAGAGCCCGCGGUACGUUCCGUUAAAACCCCCGCUUAAUACAUUACAUAUAUUACAUAUUUUUUUUACGAGAUCUCGGAAACGAGUCGAUAUAUCUAUCCGACUAGAUUUGAUUCAUCUCGGAAACCAUUUGAUAUAUCCGAUUAUAUCUGAUACAUAACUCGUUCUGUUCACGUGUUCUGUGACGCUAUGACGGAUAUUGUUGCAGCUAUGAAGGCUUGACUUUAAACCGGAAACAGCUGUUAUAUAUUUAACGGUGAGCCGAUGCGCCCGGCCUGAGUGUGUGAUAGUCGCGCGCGCGGCUGAUUCAACCGGGGUCCAUUCAAAGCAUCACGAUUCAUCUCCGCGUGUACAAGGAGGCGCUAGCGGCUGGGAUGGAGCCGCUCAGCGAGAACCUUUGCCUCAGUGAGCUGGACCUCCACGGAGGACACCUCCACGAGUCCGUGGCGGCCUCCGUGGGCUCCGCCAUCUCCAGUCUGAUGGCUCCCUUACAUCACGAGCCCCAACACGCACCCUUGCACCACGCGCCGCCUCUUCAUCACGAACCCUUGGAGAAACUUAAAUUGUGGGCUGAGACUGGUGAGUUCCGGGACAGUGGCCACUCGUCGCUGGCGUCAGGGUCCAGCGUGGAACAGUCGCUGUACGCUCCGCCGAGACCACGGAGAGAUAGGAAGAUCACCGAUGACAAUCGUCAAAUGUCAUCCGAGCCGACAAUAAAGACGGAAUCGACGACGCCGGGGGUCGGGCCUGAUGAAUCCUCGUUGGAUGAUAAGGGGGAUAAAAAGAACAAGCGGCAAAGAAGACAGCGGACUCACUUCACCAGCCAACAGUUGCAAGAGUUGGAGGCGACCUUCGCCAGAAACCGCUACCCGGAUAUGUCCACCAGAGAAGAGAUAGCCAUGUGGACCAACCUCACUGAGGCGAGGGUCAGGGUAUGGUUCAAAAACAGGAGAGCCAAGUGGAGGAAGCGCGAGAGGAAUGCGAUGAACGCAGCGGCAGCGGCCGCGGCCGACUUCAAGAACGGUUUCAGCACUCAGUUCAACGGUCUGAUGCAGCCCUUUCCCGACACCGAGGCCUUGUACUCCUCGUAUCCUUACAACAACUGGGCCGCUAAGGUCCCGAGCCCUUUGGGGACGAAGAGUUUCCCGUGGCCGGUGAAUCCGCUCGGAUCCGUGGUGCCCGCGAGCCAUCACCAGGGUUCCGUGAACUGUUUCAACACGGCGACCUCGAUGGGCGCGGUGGGCGGCGGCGGGAUGGCCGGCGUCGGGAGUUCCGCAGGCGUGGGAGGCGCCGUCGCCCCCUGUCCCUACACGGCUCCCCCCAACCCGUACAGUAUGUACCGCGCCGAGCCUUGCCCGGCGAUGUCGUCGUCCAUCGCCUCGCUGCGGCUCAAGGCCAAGCAGCACUCCUCGGGCUUCAGUAGCGGCUACGGCGGCGUGUCGCCCGUGUCCAGGGCCGGCUCGGCGCCUCUCUCGGCCUGUCAGUACGGCGGCGGCGAGCGGCUCUGAGACUUGGCCCGCGGGGAAUCCCCGCCGCUGCGCUCAUAGUGCACCCUACACCGAUUACGUUCAUGUGAUCCGAAACCGCGGGCAAUAACAUGUGUAAAUAUCUAGCUACGUUAUACCAAAGCGAUGUGUGCAAUUUUUACAAGCUUACGUAUUAGAAUUACAGCGAUAUAGACUAGAUCACGUUGUAAAUAUAUAAUUAGAAUAUUUAUUAUUUCUUUAUUAUAUUUUGAAGCAUUUAAUUGUAGGUUAUAAAAAACGAUUGUUAUUUACUUGGAUAUUUUUAUGGCGACUUCAUGAUUUGCCCGUCUUACAAGUCAUCGCUGGGUGAAAACUUUAAAACAUGCUGCAGAUUCUGUAUGAAGAGUUAAUUUAAUAAAAAAUAAAGUUUUUUUACGAGACCUAAAUAAUAAUAGGUGUAACAUACAUGUCCUUGAACGACUCAUUGACGGAACCAAAGCGAAGCACCGCGGGGGGAGAGUCAUCAAUUAUAUUAUACGAAAUAAGUAAACGAACACCAAAGCUGUAAUUACUAUGUAUUAAAUCUUUAUUUUACACUCUAGUAUAAAAAUUAAUUGAAUAA